CGACGAGAAUGAAAAGCAACUUCGAGAAAGUUCCACGGUUUUAUCGAUUCAUUGAUGAUUUUCUGAGUUCAUUAACGAAGAUGAGGAUCACAGUAGGGAAAUUAAUUUAUCUUUUUAUCAUCUGCUCGAUGGUGCAGAAAAGUUGUAACAGAUACCUGGAGGGUAUGAACCUGAACCUAGGGGAUGCUUUGCAAUUCCUAAGGGAAUACGACAGCGAAGCUUCCGCGAUGUGCACCAGAGUGAUGACAGCACAGUGGAAUUUCGCUACGAACGUCACCGAAAGCAAUCGUCGAAGAAUGUUAGACGAGCAAGGGUUGAAGUUGAAAUUCGAUCGAAUUUCCUGGCGCAAAACUGUCAGUUUUGCUUGGAGCCGAAUACCGGAUCCUCUGGCGAGAAGAGAACUUAGGAUGAUUGCUAUAAGAGGGAGGAAUUCCCUGACAGAUGACAAAUUCAACGAGCUGCACAGUCUGAUUGUUGAAAUGAAAGAAAUAUACACGAGAACGAGAUUGUGUCCUUAUAAGACGAUAGGUUCCAAUUGCAAUCUAAGUUUGGAUCACGAUGUCAGUAAAAUAAUGGCACGAUCAAAGGAUUACGAUGAAUUGCUGUACUAUUGGCACGCUUGGCACGAGGCCACUGGACCUCAGCUUAAAAACAAAUACAUGAGAUACGUUCAGCUGGCAAAUCAGGCAGCCAAAUUAAACGGAUUUGAAGAUGCUGGUGACCAAAUGAAAGAACUCUUCGAGGACGAGUAUUUUCAACAAAAUGCAGCAGACGUGAUGUCAGCGAUAAUGCAUCUGUAUAAAAAUCUGUUCACAUACGUGAGAACAAAAUUAUUCGAGAGAUAUGGCGACAGGAUUCGAAGGGAUGGUCCACUUCCGGCGCACAUCUUGGGAAACAUGUGGGCUCAAAAUUGGGAGGAAUUGUUCGAUUUGGUUCAGCCGUUUCCGGCAAGCAAAAGACUGGAUGUCACUUUGGAUAUGAUGAUUCAAGGAUUCACCCCAUUAAGGAUGUUCCAAAUAGCAGAGGAAUUCUUUACUUCCCUUGGAAUGAAACCAAUGCCCCCAGAAUUCUGGAGAUUCUCAAUGUUUGAGAAACCUAUCGACAGAGAAGCAAAGUGCACACCCAGUGCUUGGGACUUCUGCAACAGAAUUGACUACAGGAUAAAACAGUGUACAAGGGUUACGAUGGAGGAUCUGCUAUCAACUCAUCACGAGAUUGCUAAAUUACAAUAUUAUUUGCAAUACAGAGAUCAACCGUUACUAUUUCGAAACGAAGCAAUUCCAGGAUUUUUCGAAGCAGUCAGCGAUGCCAUUGAAUUAUCUGCCUUUACACCCAAACAUUUAAGCAAACUUGGUUUGUAUGAUAAUUCCACGGAUGAUUAUGGGACCGAUAUUAAUUUUUUGAUGCUGAUGGCUCUUCGCAAAAUUGCCUAUAUGCCAUUUGCUUAUAUAGUCGAUGAGUGGAGGUGGCGUGUGUUCAAUGAGGGUGUUACCGAUAUGACGAACAAAUGGUGGGAAUUAAGGCUACAGUAUCAAGGAAUCGUACCACCUGUGCCACGAUCUGAAAGAGAUUUUGAUCCUGCUUCAAAAUACCACAUCCCAGCAGAUGCUCUUUAUGCCAAAUACUUUGUUAGUAUCGUCCUACAAUUUCAACUGUACGAGUCUUUAUGCGAAAUAUCAGGUCACACAGGUGACCUACACACCUGUGAUUUUUAUAGAUCACGAGAGGCUGGACGAUUACUGUCGGAUGUGUUAUCAAUUGGUUCAUCCAGAACAUGGAAGGCGGUUGUACGAGAAAUGACACGAGGCAGAACAAAUAGAAUGGACGCUGGUGCAAUGUUAAGGUAUUUUGAGCCCUUGAACCAAUGGCUAAAACGACAAAAUGAAAUGGAACCAGUUGUUGGCUGGAUUACAAAUCGCGAAGACACAGCGUUAUUUUUUCACUGGUACCAAAAUGGAGCUCAGCAAGUCACGUCGGGCUUAUUUGUUUCAUUGGUUUUAAUCGCUGCACAGAUUUCAGUAUAUUAAUAACAAUCUAUCAAUUGAAAUGUUACUGUAUAAAGGAAACGAAAAUGUAUGUACAUACCCCGAAGAAACUUAGACUAGAAAAAUACGAAAUAAAGUAUCUGCAUGUAAUUACAUUUGACCAGUGAAGUCAAGAAAUAGAAAUAAUAUUUAUAUAUUUAUUGUACGAU